UCCCUCUCUUUUCAUCUCACUCUUGUAUCUCGCUCAUUCUAACGUAAUGGGUACACUUGAGUGACGUUUUCGAACGCAGCCCUGAUGUCACGCUUUUUUAUUCUUGUAUCGUGUCUUUGUCACACUUUCAUACGCUGAAAUGCUGUUUCUAUAUAUGGUCAAGUGCCUUGGAACGUGAAUACAGAUAAUUAUAAAAGUCGAAUCGGUUGAGUCGUUGUCAAGUUGAAAAGCUUACGUCCUAUUUGAGCGCACCAAGAAUGGAGACUAUACUUCAACAAAAAGUGAUAGAGGUUGCCAGUCAUGUUGAGCAACAAUUGGAUGCAGAGUUGGAGAAAUUAGACAAUUUAGAUAUCAGUGAUUAUGAAAAAAUACGCGCAAACCGAUUGAAUGAACUCAAACGGAUGCAAAAACAAAAACAGGAUUGGCUUGUUUCGGGUCAUGGAGAAUAUUCAGAGAUAUAUGAUGAGAAAGAGUUCUUUGAAAUAUCCAAAAAGUCAGAAAAUAUAGUUUGUUUAUUUUAUAAAGAUGAUUCUCAACGAUGUAAAAUAGUGGAUCAUCAUUUUAAAAUUCUUGCAAAAAAACACAUUGAAGCAAGAUUCUGUAAAUUAAAUGUCGAAAGAUGUCCCUUUUUAACUGAACGAUUGCGGAUCAGAAUUAUACCUACAAUUGCAUUAAUUGUAAACGGUAAAACCAAGGACUAUAUUGUAGGAUUUACUGAAUUAGGAAACUGUGACGACUUUUCUACAGAAACUCUACAAUAUCGUCUUGCACAAUCUGGUGUGAUAAAUUAUGAUGAUGAUCUACAAUCUUCUGAAACUGGCAAGAAGUCAUUUAUAAUUAGACCUCAGAAACCUAAAACUAUCAAGGGAUAUCAAGGCUCAGAUGAUUCUGAUGAUGACUGAGAUUAUAUUUAAGAUAUAAAAAAAUUAUGUUUAUACUCACUUUGCUUUAUGUGUAUUAAAUCUAAUGAUUAUGCUGUCAUUUUCUUUAACAGUAAGUUGACCUCUUGUAAUAAAAUUGAUAAAGUCUAGAAUUUAAUAUAUUUUUGUAUGUGGUGUACCAUAA